AACAUGUAAACAACGAAGAACGGCUUAUCAAAACGGACAGAGAAGAUUAUGGCGCGAGUGUGUAUGCAAAGGGAUGUAUGUAAGCAGCAUAAUAAAUCCGAACCGGCAUCAGUCGUGCAGUGGCCGGAUCGUCAUUCGGACAAGAUUAUACCGGCAUCAUCGUGCUAAUUCAGUGCCCUUACGAGUUUAUUGUGAUUGACGACUAGGGGAGAUUUCAGAUUCUCGUUCAGUGUCUUCAGUGUUGGUCGAGACGUUGCGGGAGUCAGUUGAUUGAACAGUCCCCUCGUGCACCCCCAAAGGCCUGUGGAACAAUGGCAACCGAUCAAGCCAAUCCCGGUAUCGAGAAGCUCCUGGAGCAGGAUGGGUAUCUGAAGCUGCACGAACGCGAAAUCAGACGCAGAAACACCGAACUGCGUAACUGGAUUAAUAAGCUGAACCAGCUCGAGGGAGGUCUCGAUGAGUUCACACAGGGAUAUAAAUACUAUGGACUGCACAUUGCUUCCGACAACAGUUUGGUGGCACGCGAGUGGGCGCCCGGUGCACAGCAGUUGUACCUGACCGGAGAUUUCAACAACUGGCAAUGGGAAGCAACCCCGUACAAGAAGCUCCCCUACGGCAAAUGGGAACUGACUCUGCCGGCCAACCCGGACGGCUCGUGUCCGAUCAAGCAUCUUUCGGAGAUAAAGGUGAUCGUGCGCAAGCAGGACGGCCAGCUGGUGGAUCGAUUGUCACCGUGGGCCAAGUAUGUGGUUCCGCCGCCGAAAUCGUUGGGCGUCAACUAUCAGCAGCGCGUGUGGCAUCCACCAGCCAACGAGCGAUACACGUUCCGUCACAAGAAGCCGGCCCGGCCCAGGGCUUUACGCAUCUACGAGUGCCACGUGGGAAUCGCCACCGAGGAGCUCGGCGUUGGAACGUACAAGAACUUCGCGGAUAACAUUGUCCCGAGGAUUAAAAGCCUCGGUUAUAAUACCAUUCAGGUGAUGGCCAUCAUGGAGCACGCCUAUUAUGCCAGCUUUGGCUAUCAGGUGACGAGCUUUUUUGCGGCGUCCAGCCGGUGUGGAACACCGGAUGAGCUGAAGUAUAUGGUCGACAAAGCGCAUGAGGCCGGAUUGUUCGUGCUGUUGGACGUGGUUCACUCGCACGCCAGUAAGAACACGCAGGAUGGAUUGAACCAGUUCGAUGGCACCAAUGCUUGCUACUUCCACGAUGGUUCACGUGGAGAGCACUCGCUGUGGGACAGCCGUCUCUUCAAUUACUCUGAAUACGAAGUGCUCCGUUUCCUGCUGUCCAACCUGCGCUGGUGGCACGACGAGUACAACUUCGAUGGGUACCGCUUCGACGGGGUCACUUCCAUGCUGUACCACUCGCGGGGCAUUGGAGAAGGCUUCUCCGGCGAUUACAACGAAUACUUCGGACUGAACGUCGAUACGGAAGCGCUGAUCUAUUUGGCGAUCGCCAACUAUUUCCUGCACAAAAUGGAUCCGAACGUGAUCACCAUUGCUGAGGACGUGAGCGGCAUGCCAACGCUUUGCCGCCCAACAGACGAAUGUGGCGUCGGGUUCGAUUAUCGCCUGGGGAUGGCCAUUCCGGACAAGUGGAUCCAACUUCUCAAGACGAAGAAGGACGAAGAUUGGAACAUUGGGAACCUGGUGCACACGCUGACCAAUCGUCGCUGGAUGGAGAACACGGUUGCGUACGCCGAGUCACAUGACCAGGCCCUGGUGGGAGAUAAGACUAUCGCGUUCUGGUUGAUGGAUAAGGAGAUGUACACGCACAUGUCGGUGAUGUCCGAGCCGAACUUGAUCAUCGAUCGUGGUCUGGCGCUGCACAAGAUGAUUCGUUUGAUCACGCAUGGCUUGGGCGGAGAAGCCUAUCUGAACUUCAUGGGCAACGAGUUUGGCCAUCCGGAGUGGUUGGACUUCCCCAGAAUUGGAAACAACGAAUCGUUCCACUAUGCUCGACGCCAGUGGCAUCUGGUGGAUGAUCAAACAUUGAAGUACCGGUUCCUGAACGAGUUCGAUCGAGCGAUGCACCACACGGAGGAGAAGUACCACUGGUUGAAUUGCCUUCCGGCGUACGUGAGCUGGAAGCACGAGGAUGAUAAGGUGAUUGCCUUUGAGCGGAAUAAUCUGCUGUUCAUAUUCAACUUCCACAAUAGCAAAAGCUUCACCGAUUAUCGUAUCGGGGUGGAACUUGCCGGCAAGUACAAAGUGAUUCUCAGUACCGACGAUAAGGAGUUUGGCGGGUUCGAUCGGAUCGAUAAGAACGUUGAACAUCACACAUUCCCGGAGGGCUGGGCUGGCCGGCGGAACUAUAUGCAGCUGUAUAUCCCGUGCCGGGUGGCGAUAGUGCUGGCUCCUCAAUAAGCGGAAGCUGCGCUGAUAGCGAAUGUGAUGAUAUAUAUUGGGCAUUAAUUGUUGAAUAUUUAGAGCGAUAUAUCAAUUUACCACUUUAGGCAUUAAGGACUUCUGAACACGGGCAGUGAAACUGUGAAUACAAUCGUGAGCAAUAUGCUUGUUUAAAUAAAUGCAAUCAGAAAAAUA